UUUCCAAAAUAAUAACACGAAAAGUCUCUGUUUACCUUCAGAAGAACAGGAAGAGAAGAUCUGAAAAUUAAUUUUCGUACAAUUUUCCAAAGUGCAGAGACUAGAGAAAAAUGGUGUGCGUUCCUUGCUUCAUAAUUCCAGUGCUGCUCUACAUCUGGCACAAAUUCAUCCAGCCGUACGUCCUUCGGUUCUGGAAUCCGUGGGAGAAGAAGGAUGAGCAAGGGAAUGUCGUGAAGACGGAGAAUUUCCCGUUCACAUGCAAAGGAGGAGCUUGUCCAUUCCCUGCAGCUAAAGCCAAACCACAAAUUCCUGAGAAAACUGAAGGCGUCACAGAAGCUCAAAGCACAGAAGUCACAGCUGAAGAUAAGAAAAACGACUAGUCAAGGCCUUUUAAUGGAAAUUCAUUUAUUUUAAUUCCGUGGUUUUUUUCGUAAAGUAAUUCAGGUAAUUCGCAUGUGUGAAUGAGGUAGAAAAGGUAUUAAAUGAAGGUGAAAAAAACUGAUGA